UUUGCUGGACUCGUGUCUCUUCAGGUGAACUAAAGAUCGUUGUUUUCCAUUAAAUUACAUGGAAAUCAUUGGACAUUUGAUUUCUACACGUUUACAGCAUGUAGCCUGAACGGGUUCGAGCUGACGGAACCUCGGUGCCGCUGGAGGCAGCAGAGCCCAGCAGCUGUUCACCCGCCGCAGAAGAAGAAGAGACGCAGCGGCGGAGUCUGGAGCGGGCAGCGAGUCCCGCAGAGUCCAAACCCGUCAGCCCAAAACAAGCGACACGAACCGAGCAGCGCGGCCGGUACACCGUCAUUAACCCGGAAACACCGCGCAGCUGCCGACAGACCGUUUUCAGACCGACUGAUUUCCUUCUCAUUCUAAACGGAACCCGCUCGACAUGGCGGUGCAGGUGUGGUGCCUGUCGUUCCGGCAGCCCUACGCCGGCCUGGUUCUGGACGGGGUGAAGACGGUGGAGAGCCGCUGGCGGCCCUUGCUGGCGUCUCUGGAGAACCAGACCCUGGCGGUCCACGUCGCCCGGCGGGACUGGGAGGGGGAGGAAUGGCGGGCGGUGCUUGGCGGCCCGCUGGGGAUGAACCGAGCACAGAUCCAAGCGCUUCUGGAGUCCGGGGAGCGGUUCGGCCGCGGAGUGGUGGCAGGAUUGGUGGAUGUGGGCGGGACCUGGCUCUGCCCCGCCUCCCUGCAGGGGGAGGAGCUACAUCACCUGGAGAGGUCGGCGGUUCUGACCGGUCUGCAGGAGAAACACCUGACUCACCUGUCCAACCCCCGCUGGCUGAAGGAGCCGCUGAGCACAAGGGGAGGUGGUGACCUUUACACCGUGGAGAUCCCCGCCCACCUGUUACCAUGACAACAUGUCAGGUACCACCUGUUACCAUGGCAACAGACCCUGCUGCAAAAGUGUCCAAUCGCUCAGAGACUGUAGUUUGAUAAAAAAGAUGAUUCGUUGAUUAAAUGUAAAAUAAUAAAUUGAUCUCCGAUCAAA